AUGAGACUUGUCGACUGCGUGUAUCCAAACAUCCCCUCCAGGAAAGCCACCCUUUCUACCACUCACCCUGCAGGGACUUUCUCGGAAAUCGAGACAUCAGUCACGGCCUCUACGACGAGCACAAGUGAAGGGAAUGGCGACUCUGUGUCUGAAUCUGCGAUUACGAGUCCGAACAUUAUCUCAUCCAAAGAUCUUCUACCCUUGCAUUCGACAUCGUCGACGAACAAAGCCUCGAUUGACGAAGCCGCAGAAGUGGUGAGCGACCCGUCGGUCCCAAUUCAGGCCGUAGAGCUGGGGUCCUGUAAAGAGGUGUCUACAAAAUUUCUGCUUGACACCUUGGCAUCGCAGUAUGCGCACAAGUCAAAUAAAGGCGAAGGCAAUAUGCUAGGAGAGGAUGAGCUCACAGAGUCCGAUUCAGCUACUGUACCAUUCGUCACAAUCUCAAUCCACAACAGUCUCAUCUCUUUAGAUGAACAAUUACCAGCCAAAACCAUUGCCAAAGGUUGGCUGACUACGCUCUUGGGAGGGCCGAAUCUCUUAUUCAGAAUCUGUAACGAAGCCGAGAGCUGGAAGCUUCUGGAUGCGAUCUACGCGAACGAGCACAUCAGCCGUGCGUCAAAAUGUUCUAUUUGGUUUCAGCUGGCUGCUGGGUGUCAAUUCACGGCUGGCGCUACUGAGAAAAGCCAUGUCAGACUUUUUGAAAGCGGGUGCCGGUAUCUGGAAUGGUGCAUUGAGCAAGCAGAUGAGGUAGCUCCACUCUGGGCGGUGCCUCCAAUGCUGCUUAUUUGUCUCUAUUCUAUGGGUUCUAAGCCGAAGACUUGUUGGCUUACCCUGGGUGCUGCGAUCCGGCUUGCUCAGGUGCAUAACCUAGAUCGCGAAUCGGAAAGCCACGGAAGCCUUCCAUCAGAAGAGUACGAGCGGUGGAGAGAGGUUUGGCGAACCAUGAUCUCUUUUGAUGCGUGGCUAGCUGUAACACUUGGGAAACCGCCACAAAUCAGCCAGACCACCACACAGGACUCAUUUAUGACUCCAAAAGAAUUUACGUCUCCGGACGACAGCAUCGAGGUCAACAUGGCGAAGUUGAGUGUAUUCAUCAGCCGCUUUCUGGCAAGUUUAUGCCGGGGCCAAUGGCGUGCCAGUACUCAAGAAUCAUUCUUCCAUACACUUGAGACGUGGGCAUCAGAACUUCCACAGAACCUACGAUACUCCGCCAGUACCGGUGGCGCACUCUCAUCACAAGCUUAUGAGGCCGGCCCAGUAAGUUGA